AUGACAUUUGGUAUUCGCAAUAUUAUUGGAAUUCAUCGUCUACAUACAGGUCGCAAAGACUAUUCUGCUCCGCUGGUAUUUAGAACGUAUGGGCAGUGGUCUGAAUGGCAACAAAAACUUUUUGAUAACCUUAUUGGGUAUCAUUUAGAUCAUGCGCUUGAGUUUAGUAUCGCAGUUCUAUGUUGGCUUUGGAUAUUUCCAAUAACAUUCCCUGAAGCAAAUGAAUGGCACAUUAAAUGGGUAUCACAGAUUUUCCUUUUUAAUAUAGCUUGUGAAUUUAUUGUUUAUCCAUUUUGGCAUUGGAUGACUUAUGCACGUAUGAGUCCAUAUCCUAAAGGACCCUUACAUGAAAAAAAAUAUAAUCCGAUUAAUCCAUAUGAAGAAAAAGAUCAAAGUCAUUUAUUAAGAGAAAUAACAUUAACGACACUUGGUUGGUUACACUCAGCUUUUGUACAAUGUGUUUUUAUGUGGUUGUGGGCUAGUGGUCGCUUGCCUUACUAUAGUGAUUUUUGGUCACGCCCUUUUUUUUCAAUUUUUAUUCUUUUAGGUAUUUCAUUUUGGAGAGAGUUUCAUUUUUAUUGGAUUCAUCGUUUUAUGCAUCCAUGGUGGUCAGUUCGAAAUGGAUUACCUCAAGGCGAUAUUGGUGCGUUUCUUUACCGUCAUGUUCAUAGUCUUCAUCAUCGCAGCCGAAAUCCUGGCCCAUGGUCUGGACUAUCUAUGCAUCCACUUGAACACUUCUUUUACUAUACAUCUGCUUAUAUUCCUCUUCUUUUUUCGUGUCAUCCACUUCAUUUUCUUUAUACUAAAUUUCAUUUGGAUAUUGCACCCAUUGGUGCUCAUGAUGGUCAUGACGAUCCAGCUGGUGCUGAAUCUUUUCAUUAUUUGCAUCAUGCAACAUUCGAAUGUAAUUAUGGAUCGUCAUUAAUUAAUUUUGAUGUUCUUUUUGGUACAUACAAAGAAUUUGUCAAGCCCUCAAAAAACAAUAAAGAAGCAAAUUAA